CGGACUGUAGAGGAGCUGCUUUAGAACAACUUCUCGGAGCAAUAAUCUGAUCGAAAUGGUGGUGUUUCCAAGCUCACUGACAGAGGAGGAGGAGUCAUUGCAGAAGAAAUAUGCUAAACUGAAGAAAAAGAAAAAAGCCCUGGUGGCUCUCAAAAAACAAAGCUCCACCAGUCAAACGAGUCAGGCUGGGCUGAAACGCACAUUAUCUGACCAGCCUGUAGUGGACACUGCAACAGCUACAGAACAGGCUAAGAUGCUGAUUAAAUCUGGAGCCAUCAGUGCCAUCAAGUCAGAGAACAAGAACUCUGGAUUCAAGCGCUCCAGAACACUUGAGGGAAAACUAAAGGACCCAGAGAAAGGUCCAGUUCCUGCAUUCCUGCCCUUCCAGAGAAGUGUCUCCACAGACGAGGAACCUCCUGAGUCUGGCAGACGAACCCACAGAAAAUCAUUGUAUGAAAGUUUUGUGAGCUCGGGAGACCGUUCCCGUGACGAUGAGGAGGGCGGAAUGUCGUCCGGCCGCGACAUGGAUCGUGAACAUGACAUGGACCGAGAGAGAGACAGGGAGCGAGACCGUGAGCGUGACCGCGACAGGGAAAGGGAAAGGGACCGUGAAUACGGUCGAGAUCGAGACCGUGAACGCGACAGAGACAGGAGCAGAGACAGAGAGCGUGAUCGAGACAGGGAAAGAGACAGAGACAGAGAAAGGGAUGGACCUUUCAGACGAUCAGAUUCGUACCCUGAGCGUCGAGGUGUACGAAAGGGGAAUACUGUGUAUGUGUAUGGUACGGGCCUAGUGGAGGACAGUCUGCGUUCAGCCUUCAUUCAACACGGGAACAUCAUUGACCUGUCCAUGGACGCACCGCGCAACUGUGCCUUCAUCACCUUUGAGAAGAUGGAGUCAGCAGAUCAGGCUGUAGCAGAGCUGAACGGCACCACAGUGGGUGAUGUGAAGAACAUCAAAGUGAGCAUUGCCAGAAAGCAGCCCAUGCUGGAGGCAGCCACAGGCAAAUCUGUCUGGGCCUCUCUGGCUGUUCAGAACAGUGCCAAGGGCUCCUACAGAGACAAACGAAACCAGGUCGUCUACGAGGACUUCCUCUGAGAGUUCACUCAAAGGCUUGGCAUGGGGGGGAAAAAAACAUUCUGAGCAUUUCGAUUUCUAUUGGUUCGUUUUUUUUUUGACAGUGUACGGGAUGGAAAAUUCAAACACCAAAUACCGGGUUCCAAUCACUGAAUAUUUUGUCAAGUAGUGAGCAGAGCAUCAGUCGGUUCUCUUGGUUUCAUUCUCUUAGUAAUCUGGAGUUACGUUGAGAGUGCUUGAGCAGAGACGGUUUUGUACAGCUUUGCUCGU